AUGAUCAAUGACGUGCCGGUCGUCGUGUCUUCCUUCGGGACGCAACUCGUCUCUUCCUCGGGAGGCACCUCGGGGUUCCGAGCUCCGUCCAUCGGGCGAUCCGGUGGACUGGCAGGCGUGGCUUGUGGUGGCCUAGCGCUUGUGCCAUUGAGGUGCUUGCUCACGCUCACGCAGGGCCGGCGAGUUCAACGGCGGCGGAGACGAGGUCGAAUCCUUUUUGCCAACCCCGCAGUGCGGAACGGCACCAAUCAUUCUCCCAACGCGCGGUUUGAUCCGGGUCGUGAGGCGUUGCCGCCGAACUUUACCUCGGAGGUCACGGUGGCGUCUUGGAACAUACUUUGCCCGGAGCUGUGCAACCCAGAGAAUUUCCGGCAUACCAACCACAAGGACUUGGAGAACGAAACGCGCUUCGCUCGCGUCCUCGAACAGUUGGAGCAGAAGAUAGAGCAAAAUGCCAUCUUGUGCCUGCAGGAGCUCUCGCUGGUUUGGUGUGGCCGUUUGCACGCAUUUUUCCAUCAACGUCAAUAUACCUUUGUGACGGCGAAUUAUGGAAUUCCAAAACACGACUACAUGGGAGUCGCGGUGGCCUUUCCAUCACAGGUCUUCCUCCUGGAAGAAGCGAAGAUCCAGAAGGUUGCUGAUGUUUUGGAGACCAUUCCUCAUUCUGAAGAUCAAAAAGAUGAGGCCUUCAACUUGAGUCGAGGGCGUCGCAACCAGAUGAUCUCUUUGCGGCUCAGGCAUCGAGGCUUUGACAAAGAGUUCGUGGUGUGUACCUACCACAUGCCUUGUGCAUACGAGCACAUGAAGGUGAUGGUGAUUCACGCGUCCAUUUGUGCAAAGUGUGCUUUCGAGUUUGCUGGAGACUUGCCAUUGGUCUUGGCAGGCGACUUCAACUUCCGGCCCGGCUCCGCACCUUACGAGCUGCUCACCACUGGGAAGCUCAAAGAGGACCAUGAGCAUCGUCCUGUCGAUGUGGAAGGUUGGAGUCUAUGGCAGGAAUGUCAGUUGAGGAGUGCCUACGCUGAGAAGCAUCCACAGGGUGAGCCUCCCUUCACCAACUACGCAUGGAACAAGGACGAGGAGCCCUUCGUCGGAACGCUGGAUUACAUCUUUGUGUCCAAGCAAACAGAGGUGGUCUCCGUGGAGCGUUUGCCCUCGUCGGUGACUCAAGGAGGCCAUUUGCCCACUGAAAAGGAACCUUCAGAUCACCUGCUGAUCAGUGCCACGGUGUUGCCUUUCGGCACGAUGGAUGAGCCGCUCUCGCAGCCGCUCUGGUCGCAGCAGCCCAAAGGCAUCAUGCCAGUCUCUCCAUCGGCAAGCCUGCGCCGCCCCAAACAACGAGAGGAUAGCUUCCAGGGCCGUCAAUUCGGGCGAAGCUUCAGCAGAAGCUUCACCCGGCGAACGGAUGUGGAGGUCGACUCAGGAUGA